AUGUUUGAACAUGUUUUUAAGAACAAGGUUUCACCAACUGUCAAUUCCAAGAGCUUUGAAGCUAAUAUAUUGUUUUGGAAAUCAAGCGAUGAUGUACAUUGGUACUUGGAAAACUUGGAUACAAUGAUGGAAGAGGAAGAAAAAACCUACCUUCAAAUGGUUGCUAAAAAGGUGUUUGGUAGGCAAAUUACCAAUAACCAAUAUGCUGUUACACGGGCU